GUGCCCCGUGUGCUGCUCUGGCUCAUGAUCGAGAUCGCCAUCAUCGGCUCCGACAUGCAAGAGGUGAUUGGGACAGCCAUCGCCUUCAGCCUGCUCUCGGCUGGACGUAUCCCCCUCUGGGGUGGGGUCCUCAUCACCAUCGUGGACACCCUCUUCUUCCUCUUCCUUGACAAGUAUGGGCUCCGCAAACUGGAGGCUUUCUUUGGCCUCCUCAUCACCAUCAUGGCCCUGACCUUUGGCUACGAGUACGUGGUUGUGAGGCCGGGGCAGGUGGAAGUGCUGAAGGGCAUUUUCCUGCCCUACUGCCCGGGCUGUGGGCGAGAGGAGCUGCUCCAGGCCGUGGGCAUCGUUGGCGCCAUCAUUAUGCCCCAUAACAUCUUCCUCCACUCCUCCUUGGUCAAGACACGGGCGAUCGACCGGUCCAAGAAGGAGGCGAUGCGGGAAGCCAACAUGUAUUUCCUGACUGAGUCCUGCCUGGCCCUCUUUGUCUCCUUCCUCAUCAACCUCUUUGUCAUGGCUGUCUUUGGUGAGGCUUUCUACCACCAGCGAAAUGAGGAUGUGCACAACAAGUGUGUCAACAGCAGUGUCAGCCGCUACGCUGACAUCUUCCCCACCAACAACGAGACGGUCUCUGUGGAUAUCUACCAGGGGGGUGUCAUCCUGGGCUGCUAUUUCGGAGCAGCAGCACUGUACAUCUGGGCCAUCGGGAUCCUGGCAGCGGGGCAGAGCUCCACGAUGACCGGGACCUACGCCGGGCAGUUUGUCAUGGAG